GGUCUUAUUAUUUCAAGCGCCUAGGAGGCGAACACUUCAUAAAACCCUUCAAUUCUACAUAGACCAAGAAGAAAUUUUAGAAAGCAAAAAUGGCCUGGAAAACCGAUACUGACCUCGAAAAUUCCGACCCAAUUCCAGAUUCCGGCGAUGUUGAGUGGCCUUGUAAACCCGUCGUUGAAUCUUCAGGCUGGCCUACUAGUUGGCAAAACGACAGUAACAAAUCAAAGCUACAAACCCCUUUGCCUACCGCCGAAGACGAAGCUGCGAACAGCAGUCAACUUCCGGCAUUGCUCAAAGUUGCUGAAUAUUUGAACUCCACACUCAGUCUAGACGACGAUGACGAGUUUUCUGAGUAUAUAGGUGAAGAUGGGGAUUAUUUCAUCAAUGGGGAUGAGGGUUUUCUGGAUGGGGAAGAGGGGUUUCAGGACUAUGAUUUUUUUGUGAAGUUGUUUAAGCAGGAUGAUGGGUUAAGAGAGUACUAUGAGAAAAAUCGAGAGAAUGGGGUGUUUUGUUGUCUUGUUUGUUGUGGGGUUCGUGAGAAAGGGUGGAAGAGGUUUAAGGAUUGUUCAUCUCUUGUUCAGCAUUCCAUAAGCAUUGCGAAAACCUCUAAGAGACGAGCUCAUCGGGCUUACUGUAAAGUUGUCUGUGAAAUUCUUGGUUGGGAUGUUAAUAGCCUGCCUUCCAUUGUCCUCUCUGCAGGCGUUAAGCUCGGUGGAUCUUCUGAUAAACCAGUUAAGGCUCAGGGGAAUGUAGAUGAUGAUGGUGGGGAUGACGGUUUGAGUGGUCAUUGCAAAUCCACAAGUUCUGUAAGUAUCAGCGAUACUGAAGUGUCUCUGUCGAAGUUGUCUUUGAUUGAUGAAAGCCAACAAGGAAAAGAUUGUUGCUCUGCAAAAUUAGAGAACUCUCUAAGUGGAGCCACUGUUGAUAGAAGCUUGGGAGAUCUCGGCAAAGGUACUUCUGAAACAACCAAAGAGAAUGCUGAGGGGGAGAAUUCCGUGAGCAAAGCUGGUGUUGAUGGACUCUUGGAAGAUCUCAGCUUUCUCACUCUUGAAACACAAAAAUUGAAUGCAAAGGGUGUAUCUGAUCAUGUGGUGCCUUAUGAAGAAACUGGGGAAUCCUCCAAUCUGGCAUAGUUUCCGCGAAGGGAACAAGGUGGCACACAUUUUGGCAAUGGAAGGUUCCAAGAGAUCUCCUCUACAUCAACCAGUGUUUUUGUUUGAAUGUGCCGCCAUGGAUUAGUACCAACCCUACAACAAGAUAAAGAAGGCUACUAUAUUAGGAAAAAAGUCAGUCUCUUGGUUUGUAAUAGUCUAGCAAAACUCGGAAACCUAUGUAAUAGUUAGUAGUACUGCCAACUAUGGUGUAACCGCUACUUGCAGGAAAAAGUAAGUGAGCUCGGAACGUAAGCACUUGAGAUCUUUUGUUCUAGGCCAUGUCUUAAUUUCUA